GAAUCAGGAGAUAUAGAAAUCCUAGAAUUACUUUUUCUCUAGUAAAUUUUCAAGGGCAAGUAUGCCUUCUUGUCCAAAGCUUUUAAGAUUUCGCAGUCCUCUAGCCGGGGCUAUCAAGCAAGGUCCUCCUUUCUUCUGUUCCGUCCCGGAAGCAGUGCUGGCUGGCUGGCUAAGGCUAAGGAUGUGCUCCCCUUUUGCUCUUGGCGCCAGAGGCAAUGGAGAACAUAACUCAAUCCUUAUCAUAUCAUUCUUGAAUGGUUCCUGCAUUUUUCAGAUGUGGUAACUAGAAUUUGGGGUCGUAUAUAUAGUUAGCAGUACUUUUAGCACCUUAGACUAAGGUUUAGGCAUUGAUAUCCACAGGGAAUGGGGGGGAAAAACCUGCAUUUAUCACCAUAAGCUCCCUAUGGCAAAGCAGAGGUUAAUGAGUUUUCAUUUUUUUUACUAUGUAGCCAGCUCUGAUCACGACUGGCCACUGAUGCAGCUAUCAUCAUCAUCAUCAUCAUCAUCAUCAUCAUAAGUGAUGAUCCCGGAUUGGAACUUCACCAUGUCGUAUGUGAUUGAGGUGGCAGAAAGGCACUUACAAGGAAUAUGUGUAUGUAUAUAUAUAUAUAUGUAUGUAUGAUGCAAUUGGGCCAAUACAUGAUUAGUUUAAUUAUUCCAGUUUGUUGUGUGUAUUAGAAUUCCGGUUUUCACCGUCGUUGGAUCCAAUCUCAUCAUGUCGGUGGAUCAAUAUCCGAUUUUUAGAUACCCCCAUUCACGGAUCGGUCCGAAUGCCCGAAAAAUCGGAUAUAUAUAUAUAUAUACACACAUAUGUAUGUAUCUCCUCAUCUCAAGGGAAUAGAUUAAGCAAACAAUGGAAUCAAUCUUUGACAUUCAGUUCAUCUCUAUCUUACUCGUAUGCCCAAUCUCACUUCUGUUUCUCCAUCUGAUUUUCUUCAAGAAAUCACCUCCUAACGAUCAGUGCGUUCAUCUUCCUCCAAGCCCACCAUCCCUCCCACUCGUGGGUCAUCUCCACCUCCUCGUCUCCACCCAUCUGCCCGCUCGCCUUAAGAAUCUCUCCUCCAAAUACGGCCCUCUCCUCUAUCUCCGCUUCCUCGGCUUCCCCGUCGUCCUCGUCUCCUCCGCCUCGGUCGCCUACCAAGUUUUCAGGACCGAAGACGUCAACUUCUCCAACCAUUCGGUCGCCACUUUGGACGACUCCUUGUUUCUAGGGCCUUACAGUUUCAUGGCCUCCCCCUACGGCGAUUACUGGAAGUUCGUGAAGAAGCUCCUCGCCACGGAUUUGCUAGGACCGAACCAUUUGGCGAGAUCUCGUCGUCUUCGGGCCGAAGAAUUCGAUAGGUUUUACAUUUACUUGCUGGAAAAGGCAACGAGGGGAGAGCUUGUCGAUAUUGCCGUGGAGAUUAGAAAGCUCUCGAACAAGAUCGUAUGCAACAUGAUCAUGGGACAGAAAUGUUCGGAGGAGAAUGGUACAGAGGAGAAACUCGGGGGUUUGGCCAAGAAAUCCAUCCACUUGUGUGGAAAGAUAUUCACAGCAAAAGGGCUACGUUCGAUUUCGAGGUUUGGGGCUUCACUCCUGGAGAGAGAGGUAAGGGAAGCUUCUAGAACGUACGAUGAGUUGCUCGAGAAGAGCCUCAAGGAACAUGAAGAGAAUCCAGACAGAGAGCAUAAGGACAUGAUGGAUAUGCUGUUGGAAGCUUGUCAGAACGAGAAGGCUCCAUACAAGAUCACGAGGAAUCAGAUUAAAUCAAUCUUUGUGGAUCUUCUCUUUGGAACCAAUGAUAGCCCACCAGCUUCAGUUUCCUGGACAAUGGCAGAGCUUAUGAACCAUCCAGAUGUCUUCAGAAAGCUGAGGAAAGAGAUCGAGUUCAUUGUCGGGAAAACAAGGGUUCUUGAAGAGACAGAUCUCCAAAACCUCCCGUACCUGCAAGCGGUCGUGAAGGAAGGGCUAAGGCUGUAUCCACCCACGUUUUUCUUGCCGAGAAAAUGCCAAGAAGGGUGUGAGAUCGGAGGGUAUUACAUCCCGAAGAACACGACAGUGGUUCUCAAUCUUUACGGAAUAAUGAGGGAUCCCAGCUCGUGGGAAGACCCAGAUGAGUUUCGACCAGAGAGAUUCUUGGAAAGUACGAGGAAUACGAGAGAGUGUGAUUACAAGGAACAUGCACUGAAGCACAUUCCGUUUGGGAGUGGAAGAAGAAGGUGUCCAGGAGCGAACUUGGCUAAUAUUGUGAUGGAGACGGCGAUUGGGAGAAUGGUUCAAUGCUUCGACUGGAAGAUCCAUGGCGGCAAGGUUAACAUGGAACCGACCAACAAUGGCUUCAUGGAGAUGCGUCAUCCUCUCCUUAUGACUCCUGUUCUUCACUUUCAUCCUUUACCAUCUACUCAAUAUGAUUAAGAAUUCGUCCAUUGUAUGUGCUUAUUUGUUCUGAUGAAUCUCUCUCUCUCUCUCUC